CGAGCCACGGGUGGCCGGUGGCUCUAAUCAAAUAAAUCGGUUUGAAGUUUGAAUUUUAUUAAAGGAUUUUCUUUUUAAAAAAUAUAUCUCAGCCCAAUAAUAAAAUAAUAAAUUAAUAUCUAGUAUUUUCGGAUGUAAGUAUUAGAAUUCAGAGCCAUUUAUCGAGUUAGAGAUAACUACUUUAUAUGGAACCAUAGAAACCAAUAAACGGAUUUCAUGAAUUUCUGGUAACGAAGAGGUUCUAGGAAAUAAUUAAAUACUUAAAAUAGAGAAAUGGAAUCUAAGUUUGAUGAAGAAGUGCAAGCAAAUAUUCCAGAACCGUUAGGCGAGGAAACUGAAUUAAAAAUAAGACCCUUAGAACGUAUAACACGUCAUCCCAAAGCCCCCAUAGAACCUUCGGCGUAUGGAAAAGGAAGGAACUUUAGUCGGCCUUGGAUCCUUCAGGAUGGGCGCGGAAUUCCUGGUCAAGGGAGUGAAAUGCGUGAUCAAUAUAGAAUUCCUAAAAAACCUCGACAUCACGAAGGUAUCCGUAAACGUAUGCUAACGGAUUUCUUCUGGGAGCAGAUGUUGGACGAAGUGAUCGAGGAACUAGCCACCUCGCAGCCGGUUGUCGAAUACUGCUCGGAAUAUGAUGCCAAUUUUAUAAAGGACCAAUUCGAGCCUCGGAAUUUGGAGGUGACUGCAGAUAAGGACAUGCAUCUUAAAUAUCCCUUGUACGGCACUGGAUCGAGCGCCAUAACUUUUUACAGCGAGAACAUCAAAAAGACUGGUCCUGGAGAGAUAUUGGAGAAGUUUCGAAGAUGCCAAUACUUUACGAAACCAAUGGAAGAGAGACUCGAUAAUGGCUGGGUUUUGUAAUGUUACUAAUUAAUAAUUUACUUUUUCUAUCAUGUAUCACUAUCAUUUUUCUGUCUAUUUGUUGAGUAAAAAUAAAGUAUCAUCUUUGAAAUAA